CUUCGGACGCUCAGUCAGUAACAGACGAUGGUAGAAGACACAAGAGUAAAAGACACAGGGAUAAAAGAUACAAGAGUAAAGGAUACAGGAGUAAAAGUUAAAUAAAAAUAAAAGACGUUUUGCCAAAAGUGUUGUGUUUAUAUAAAGAUGUGUGUGCGUUCAAGUGCUAAAACGAUACGGUGAAAUUUUAAAUCAAAAGUGUCUAUUACCAAUGAUGUUAAAUAUGAUGGAAGACGCCGGACACCUAGUUUUCACGGAAUUACCCGGCGCUCUUUUACACUCCGUGACAGCCCUCCACCACCAUCACCAUCACGCUGGACAUCGCACCAGGACGUUGUUGCAACAGCAGCAACGUUACGCCCCUUACCAUCUUCACCAACCCCAUCUCCUACCGUCUCCUCAACAGCACCAGCAAACCCAACGAGAAAGGCGACCUGUUACCCCUCAGCCAAUCCUGACUUCCCAACACCACCAGCCCGAACCCGAACCCGAAGAGCAAAGGACGACGCACGUGUCCAGGCUGUAUCCGGAACUUUUAGCACUGAUUUUUGCCCAUCUGGAUGUAAGGGAUCGUGGACGAGCCGCCCAAGUCUGCACGGCCUGGAGGGAUGCGGCUUACCAUAAAUCGGUUUGGCGCGGGGCUGAGGCUAAAUUGCAUCUUAGGCGCGCGAAUCCUGCCUUGUUUCACUCUUUGGUCCGCCGUGGUAUCCGCCGGGCGCAGGUUUUGUCCUUAAGGAGGUCCUUGAGGGAUGUUGUGCAAGGUGUACCGAAUUUAGAAUCUUUGAAUCUCAGCGGGUGUUAUAAUGUUACGGAUGCAGGUUUAGCACACGCACUAGUCAGCGAAUUACCAGCUUUGCGUUCUUUAGACUUAUCCUUGUGCAAACAAGUCACGGAUACGUCUUUAGGCAGGAUAGCGCAAUCUCUUAAAAACUUAGAAACUUUGGAACUUGGUGGAUGUUGCAAUAUUACCAACACAGGAUUACUUCUAAUAGCGUGGGGUUUAAAGAAAUUAAAACGUUUAGACUUAAGGUCGUGUUGGCAUGUGAGUGAUCAUGGUAUAGGACACCUGGCAGGCUUAGAUAAGACUACAGCCGAAGGCACCCCGGAGUUGGAGUACUUGGGUUUACAGGAUUGCCAAAGACUGAGCGACGAGGCUUUGCAACACGUGUCCACCGGUCUUCCGAAACUGCGCAGCAUAAACCUAAGUUUUUGUGUCUCGAUCACGGACGGUGGUCUCAAACAUUUAGCCAAAAUGCCUGAACUCCGAGAACUCAACCUCCGAUCCUGCGACAACGUCUCGGAUAUCGGUUUAGCCUAUUUGGCGGAAGGUGGUUCGCGGAUAGACACGCUGGACGUGUCCUUUUGCGACAAGGUAGGCGACCAGGCUUUGGAGCACGUCAGCAGGGGCUUAUUCCGACUUCGAUCUCUAUCCUUGAGCGCCUGCCAGAUCACCGACGAAGGCCUGGAAAGAGUCGCAAACGCCUUGCACGAUUUAGAAACCUUAAACAUCGGCCAAUGCAGCAGAGUCACGGAUAAAGGACUUACCUUGAUUGCUGAUAGCCUGGCAGGAUUACGAGCAAUUGAUUUGUAUGGUUGCACAGGAAUAACUUCAGCUGGUCUUGAACGAGUCACGAAGUUACCACAAUUGGUAGUUUUGAAUUUGGGACUUUGGCACGUCAGGUGAUCAGAGGGUGCACGACCAUAAUAAAAACAAGGUGUAAAAAUUCAUUUCGCGUCGGGGGUGGUAAUGGUAAUAGAUACAGUAAUUCGUUAAAUGUUUUUGUUUAUGGUGAUACUGUGUAAAUGUGAUUCCUUCCCCCGACGACUUUCUAGUGACCUUGUUUAAAUGGUUUGAUUAUUUUGAUUAUUAGUUGUGAUAGGAGUGUCAUACUCUCUUUUUGAAAAUGUUGAUAGUGUGUGAACUUCGGAUGAUGAACUAUUAAAAAUAAGACUGUUUCCGAAUGAGGUGAACUUUUAUUGAAAUUCUAUUAGAACAAGUUAUAUAAAUGAAAUUCUUUCAAAUGUGUUACUAAAA